UAGGGAUAUUUCAUUCACAUUACCCGUCAUGGUUGAAGCUAAUAAUCCCAUUUCAUUGUGUUUAACCGUGACGUCAUUUCCGUUUGGGUACACCUCCCCUACCUGCCCUUGGGUUUCCCAACUCCAACGUUGGUAAAGGUGGUUAAUGUUGAAAGUGAAGAUUUGUUUACAUGUUUACAACGUGAAAGAUAUGGAGAAACUCAAAUUACAAAUCAAUGGAGUGGAUAUUGAAGUGGAAGAUACCAUGGAAAAUGUUCGAAAAUUACGAAAUGACGACAAGCUCCUUAAACAGUAUGUUAUGGAAUUAUAUGGUUCUGGUUAUCUGAAAGAUUUUUCUAUACAUGGAAGAAUAACAUCCAUUUAUAUCUAUAAUGAUGAUGAAGAGAUCCCUGAAGAAAUGCAGGAAGCACAGAAUGAGAUCAGUUUAGAUAGCAUUGAUAUCGAUUCUGAUACAGACUUCAACGAAACUCUGCCAAGCCCAACAUGGCAAUUUGCAGAACCUUCAACAUCUAAUAUAGUAUCACCUGACCAGAACCAGAAUGAUUUGGAUCCAAGAAAUUCAGGAAUGAUUUGGACUACUAGGGGAAAACCAAGUAGCAAGGAUAUUGAAGCCACAGAUUUUUUUUUGAGUUUACGUGGAAAUGACCAUUAUAUGAAAUGUUUUAAUGAUAAAAAAUCAAGUCAUAAUAUUUUAUGGCGUGACAUAGCCAAAAGAAUGAAUGAGGCAGGCUAUUGGGUAGGAGAAGGCAAAGUAGCAACUGAUAAAUUAAGGCAUAAAUUUAAAAAUCUAACAAAAAUGUACAUGAAUUUUAUUGCCUAUGUCAAAAGAACAACAGGAACACCCAAAAGAGAUCCACCUCAAUUCUAUGAUGAAUUACAUAAAAUAUUUGGUGAGAAAGAUAAAACGAAUCCCAAGCUUAUUAUCGAUUCUGAGUUGAAUACUUCUGAGAAAAUUGUUUCUACAGAAUCUCUUGCUAGUGAAAAUUUGGUAGACAAUCAUGUCCCUGAGAAUCCAUUAGAAAGGAGUGAUACUCCUUUUACAGCAAGUGAUUGCGUAGAACAAUCUGUUACAAAAGAAAAUGUGAAUGCCAAUGAAAAAAAUAAGCCAGCAAGAAAAAGGGCAUAUAUGUCAGUGAAUGAAGAUAUCAAUAUAAGAUUGAAGAACAUUGAGACAAACUCAGAAAAACACUUUGCUCAAAUGUUCAAGUUAAUGAAUGACCAAAAUAAAAUUCUUAAAGAACAAAAUGACCAAAGGAAUAAAUUAAUCAAUAUUUUUGAAAAACUUGUUGAUAAAGAAAAUAAAACAAGAAAGCGAAAAUAUUCCUCAUCUUCAGAUUCUUAACUUUGGUAGCUUGUGAGAUCUCUUUUGUUGUCAUUUGUACCUGUUGACAUUUUUUGUACCUGUUCUCAUGUGAACUGAAUUUUUUAUUUAUGUUUGUUACCUAUAUUUUUUGGUUUUUUUUGCAUUUACGAGUGACAUUUCUCAUCCAUUUUCCCCAACCAAUGUACCUUUUUUGUUAAAGGACUAUAUUUGUACCUGUAUAUAUUUUUUAAAGUUUUUCCUUGUUUUGUGAGAAGACUAUCUCUAAGAAUCAUAGUUUAUGUAUUUCUUUUGGUACCUG